GCCCACCGUGCCGCUCCGCGUCCCGACGACCGCCGCGACGCUUAACCGAGAGAUAUUUGACGUCCUGCCGGCGCCCGACGACCGCGCCGCACCGCUGUGCCGACGAGCGGCGAAAUUUGACGCGCGCGGGCCGCGACGCGGCGUCGCCGGCUCCUCAAACGAGCGCGGCUCCUCGCGGAGCGCGUUUCGAGUCCGGGACGCGGUCGCGGGCCGCGCCGCGGCGCCUUCCGCCGCUCGGAUGCGCGGCGGUGCGCCUCCGGCCGUCUCGCGGGCGGGGCGUGCCCCCGUCGCGCGCGCGACGCGACGGCGUCGCCGACGGGCGGCUUUCGCUGCUCGGCGCGGCGCCGGCGGCCGGACGGCGGCGGUCCGCCCCUCCGUCAAGACACCAUGGCGACCAUCUCCAAGAAGCGCAAGUUCGUCGCCGACGGCCUCUUCUACGCCGAGCUCAACGAGCUGCUCACGCGCGAGCUCGCCGAGGACGGCUACGCGGGCGUCGAGGUCCGCGUGACGCCGCUCCGCACGGAGAUCAUCAUCCGCGCGACGCGGACGCAGAACGUGCUCGGCGAGAAGGGCCAACGCAUCCGCGAGCUCACGUCCGUGGUGCAAAAGCGCUUCCACUUCCAGGACGGCGCCGUCGAGCUCUACGCGGAGCGCGUCGCGAACCGCGGCCUCUGCGCGCAGGCGCAGGCCGAGUCGCUCAAGUACAAGCUCCUCGGCGGCCUCGCGGUGCGCCGCGCGUGCUACGGCGUCGUCCGCUUCGUCAUGGAGUCGGGCGCCAAGGGCGUCGAGGUCGUCGUCUCCGGCAAGCUGCGGGCGCAGCGCGCCAAGGCGAUGAAGUUCACCGACGGCUACAUGAUCAAAACCGGCCACUCCAAGCGCGAGUACGUCGACAGCGCCGUGCGCCACGUGCUCAUGCGCCAGGGCGUCCUCGGCGUCAAGGUGAGCAUCAUGCUCCCCCACGACGCGAGCGGCAAGACGGGCCCGAAGAACACGCUCGCGGACGUCGUCACGAUCCUCGAGCCCAAGGAGGAGGCGCCCAUGCCGGUGGCCAACUUCGAGGAGGGCAUGGGCAAGGCCUACUGAGCGCGGGGCGCGCGCGCAAGCCCGGUCGUAACCAGGAAUCCACCGUAC